GGAAGCUCCAUACUGUUUUCCACAGUGGCUGCGCCAGUUUACACCCUCACCACCAGUGCACAAGGGUUCCGUUUUCUCCACAUCCUCACCAGCACCUGUUAGCUUUUGCAUCUUGAUAACAGCUGUUCCAGCAAGUGUGAGGUGACAGCUCACUGUGGUUUUGAUUUUUAUUUCCCUGAUGAUUAGUGAUGCUGAGCGUCUUUCCAUGUGCCCAUCUGUAUGUCUUCUUGGAGAAAUACCUAUUCAGGUUCUUUGCCCAGUUUUGAAUCACAUUAUUUGGUUUCUUUGGUGUUGAGUUGUGUGAGUUCCUUGUAUUUUUGGAUCUUAACGCCUUAUCAGACAUAUGUUUGCAAGUAUAUUCUUCCAUUCUUUAGGCGCAUUUUCACUCUGUUGAUUAUUUUGCUGUCAGCACAUUUUCUUCUACACACCUAGUAGUGUUUCUGUAUUUUAAAAUCUACGUACGUAUGGUACUAUUGACAUUCUACACUUAACAGCCUUACUCAACCUUGCAGCUUUGUGCUGUGUCUCCGUGACAGUGAUGUGGUUCAUUCCUUUCAAACACUGUGACCUUGCCUGUUCCUUGAUGGAUAUUGAGGCCGUUCCCUUUUCUCUUGUACACAGGCGUGCGGUAAUGUUCUUGUGUGUCUUUAUGUGUGCAUUAGCCAGAGUUGCUGUAGGGCACAUACCUAGAGUUAGGUUCCUGACUGAGGGGUUUGCAGGGUUUCAGCUUUACCAGUGUUUCCAGAGUGAUGGUACUAACUUACAGUCCUGUGGGACUCAGAGUCUCCAUGUUUCCUUGUGUCUUCAACAUUGCAUAUUGUGAAGAAUUUUAUAUUUUCCCCAGUUUAUGGGGAAAGAAGUCUUCUUUUAAUUUGCCUCUACCUAAUUCUUAAUAAUGUUGAAAAUCUUUCAGCUAUUUAUUGGGCAGCUUGAUUUCUUUAUCUGUGAUUUACCAGGUCACAUCCUGUGUUCAUUGUUUUUUCAAUAGAAUGGUCUUUUCCUUUUUGUAUUUUUUAAUAUAUUCUGUAUAUUUGUCUUUUGUUAUAUACAUUUGCAAAUAGCUUCUUUUACUCUGCAGGUCAUCUUUUAAUUUUGUAGGGUCUUGUACAGAAGAUUUUUUUUGAUGGAGUAAAAGUAAACAACUUUUCCUUUUUGGACUGUGUUUUUUGCAUAUUAUUUCCUUAUAUUAGCUAUCAGCAUUUUUUAAGAACAUUUAGGUCUUCAACCCACCUGAAAUAUAUUUUUGUGUGCCAAAGAAGGCAGGGUUCUAAUUUUAUUUUCCUGUGGAAAAUCAGUUGUGCCAGCACAAUUUGUUGAAUAGCCCAUUGCUGCAUUGCGGCUGUGUCCUUCGCAUGUGCCUGGAUCUAUUGCAGUAUCUUCUCUCCUAUGCUCGGACCUCACUUUUGUUGCUAGAACCCAACAAUAAUCCUUGAUGUCUAGUAGGGCAGGCCCUCCUGUCCUUCAUUCUUUUUUGGCAUUGCCUUGGUUGAUCCUGGAUCGUUAAUCUUGUGAUAUUUAGAGUCAUUUUGGUCAGAUUUCAUGAUAUCCUUUUGCAGUUUUGAUUGCCCAGGAUUAAUAGAUCGAUUUGGGGAGAACUGACAUUUUUAUGAUAUUGAGUUCUCUUAUUUAUGAACAUUGACUGCUUCUCCAUAUGCUUUUUUUUUAAUGCCUUUCAAUAAAAUUUUAUCAUUUUUUGUUAGACUUCUUCUAAGGUGCCGUACAGUUGUUGCAGCUGUUGUGAAUGCCAGCUUCUGGUUGCUGAUUGCUAGUAUAUAGGAGUGGUAUUGAUUAGUCUGUAUUAACCUUGUAUAUGGCAAUCCUGGGGAACUCUGAUCAUCCGAACAGUGAGUUGAGACUCUUGGAUUUUCUAUGUUGAUGAUCUUAUCAUUCUCAAAUAAUGGCCGUUUCGGCUAUUCUCUUCCAGUCCUUAUGGCUUGUGUUUUUUUUCUGUGACUGCUGCAUGGGCUAGGAUCUUUGGUAGAUGUUGGAUAGCAGCAGGGGAGGGAGCAGCCUUGUCUCUGACUCCUGUGAGUGCCUCUGCUGUGUUAUCUUAGUACUGUUAUGGAAACAGACUGGAGUGCUGGGAACCCCAGGGUCCUGGACCACACUGAGAACCACUGCUGUGUGUGUGGCAUUAGCAUUGUGUCCCCGUUUUUGUUCUUAAUAGUAUUUCAUUUUCCAUCUCUUCCUGCCCGGCUUGGACCUGCCAGAUGUUUAUGUAUUUUAUUAGCAUUUUCAAAGAACAGGUGUUGAGAUUGUUUUAUGUUUCUUUAAGUCGUGUUUUCUUUAUUUUCUUUCAUCAUCUUUCCUGGAAUUACUUUCUCAUUCUGUCUGAUUUCUUCUUGAAUGCUUAGAUCAUUUAUUUCAGUCUCUCUUGUGUUAAAAUAAGUACAUUCAGAAGCACAUUUUCCCCUAGGUAGACUUUGUUUCCAUUUCUGCCUUGGUUUCUGCUUCUAUGUUUUUCUUGGAGGGGUUAUUUUUUUCUAUCAUAUAUUUCUACUAAAACAACAAUAUGGUCAGAGAAUGUUUUGCCGAAUGAUAUCAGCCUUUGGAAUUUGUUGAAACUUUCUUUGUUGCCUAGUAUGUGAUGUUUUUUAUAAUAUUCAGUGUACAUCUUGAAAAAAUGUGUAUUGUCUGUGUUUUAAGUAAAUAUUCUCUACUUGAUCCACUCGUUUCUGAGGGAAGUGUGUUAAAACCUCUCAUCCCAGGGGAGGGUUUGCCAGUCCCUCUUUGCUGCUUCAGUUGGCUUUAGCUUUCUGCAUUUCAAGAGUUUGUUGGUAGAUACGCACAUACUUGUAAUUACAGCUUUGUGGUGGAUUUUUCCUUUUAUUAAUAUGUGGUGUCCAUUUUUGUUCCUAUUAAUGACUUUUUACUUUCAGUUCUGUUUUCAUUGGUAUAAGUAUCACUAAACACAUGCAGCAAUGCAUAUUAAGCUCACAGACACUACAGCGAGGGGAAGAAGCCGGCACGGAGCAGUGUAGACGGCAGAGGCCCUCUAGUAAAGUUCCCCAGAGGCACAGCGGAUCUGUGGUGGUGGAGGUCAGGAGAGAGGCUCCCCUCAGUAGCUCAGGAGGGACGUGGGGCCUGCAGGGGCAGGAGGGCUGACCUGGGCACUGGUUCCAUGGGCAUGGGCCUAUUGUGACUGCCCCUUGAGCUGUGUGCUGAGGAUUUACUCACUCUUCUGUGUAAAUGUCGUACUUCAAUAAAGAGCUUUAAAGACACCGGAAAGGUCUAUAGCUAUUACAGCUUUAUUUUGAUUGGUGUUUCUUUGAUCUGUCUUAUAUUCAGCUUGGGUUAUUUUAUUUCCGGUUGUACGGGUGCAUUUUGUGUGUCUAAUUGGAGAGUCUUGUGCUUUCAGUAGGUGAGUUUAAUCCUUUUAUUUCUCACCAUUGCUCAUCUGUUGGACUUGUUUGUACUAGUUUUGUAUUUUUACCUUCUGUACUUUGUCUUUGUUCUAUGCCUUCUAUUGAUUUUUUAUUUUACUUCCUUCUCAACCCUUAAUGUGUUGUCUUUAUUCCUUCAUAUGAAGUGAGUGAGUGUCUCCGUCCUCCUCUGAAUGAGGCAACUUCCUCUGCAGGGAGGAGUGGUGGGGUAGGCGGGGAAGGCAGGGGUGGGGCAGGUCCCACGAGAAGAGGGAGGCCAUCCAGGCAGGGGGGUGGGGCUGGGCAGGGCUGCCCCAGGCAGGGAGUGGAGUCUGCCAGGGAGGCCAGCCCUGUUGGGCGUGAGUGAGGCCCUGAAGCCACUGCAGGAGGGGCCAGGCUGGGCCUCCGUAUGUUCCUCUCUCUUCCCUCAGCACCUGAGUGACUGGCUCCUGCCUACCACCCCGCGGAAGUCCAGGGUACUAGGUGAUGGCGGCUUUGCACCUGUCUGCCCCACCCCAGGCCGAGCUGACCUUUGAGGACGUGGCUGUGUUCCUCUCUCAGGAGGAGUGGGGCCGUCUAGACCCUGCUCAGAGGGGCCUCUACAGGGACGUGAUGCUGGAGACCUACAGGAACCUGGUCUCCCUGGGAGCUGGGCCUGCAGGUCCCAAGCCUGGAGUGAUCACACAGCUGGAGCGAGGGGAUGAGCCAUGGGUCCUGGACACACAGGGCGUCGAGGGGAGAGAGCGACAGAAAGUUGAUGGCUCAGCUCAUGAGACCAGGACUGAGUACAAGGAGUUGACUUCAGGGAAGAUGCUUGAUGGUGGAGAACUGGGCCGACUCAGGCAGACUGUUCCCCAAGGACCUGAGCCAAGAGAGGAAUGUGAACGUGCCAGGGAGCCGGAGGAGUGUGUGGACAAGCCUGUGGCACAGAGAGGCCCCAGGCCAGUCACACUGACCAAUGAUGCAAGUGGCCAGGAGUCUGGGGGAAGCCUCACAUUGGAGUCAAGUCCUGUUCCUGAUCAGAGACCUCACAAGUGUGACAUAUGUGAACAAAGUUUUGAACAGAGAUCAUACCUCAAUAACCAUAAGCGUGUACACAGGUCAAAAAAACCAAAUACAGUUCAUGAUUCUGGGGAAAUCUUCAGUGCAAAUUUAGUUGUUAAAGAAGAUCAGAAAAUUCCCAUUGGGAAAAGAUUGCAUUAUUGUGGUUACUGUGGGAAAGCCUUCAGGUACAGUGCUAACCUUGUCAAGCACCAGCGGCUUCACAGUGAAGAGAAACCCUACAAGUGUGAUGAGUGUGGGAAAGCCUUCAGCCAGAGCUGCGAGUUCAUCAAUCACCGGAGGAUGCACUCAGGGGAGAUCCCCUACCGGUGUGAUGAGUGUGGGAAGACAUUUAAUCGGAGGCCCAACCUCAUGAAGCAUCAGAGGAUCCACACUGGGGAGAAGCCCUACAAGUGUGGCGAGUGUGGGAAACACUUCAGCGCCUAUUCUUCCCUUAUAUAUCACCAGAGGAUCCACACUGGAGAGAAACCCUAUAAGUGCAACGACUGUGGGAAAGCCUUCAGUGACAGCUCAAUCCUCAUCCGACAUCGUCGGACUCACACUGGAGAGAAGCCAUUUGAGUGUAAAGAAUGUGGCAAAGGCUUUACCCAAAGUUCUAACCUUAUCCAACAUCAAAGAAUUCACACUGGAGAGAAACCCUAUAAAUGUAACGAAUGUGAGAAAGCCUUCAUCCAAAAAACCAAACUUGUUGAACAUCAGAGGAGCCAUACUGGAGAGAAGCCCUAUGAAUGUAAUGACUGUGGCAAAGUCUUCAGCCAGAGCACACACCUCAUCCAACAUCAGAGGAUCCACACAGGAGAGAAGCCCUACAAGUGUGGUGAGUGUGGGAAGGCCUUCCACAACAGUUCCAGACUCAUCCAUCACCAAAGGUCACACCAUGGAGAGAAGCCGUACAAAUGCAGUGAUUGCAAGAAAGCCUUCAGCCAGGGCGCUUACCUCAUCCAGCACCGGAGGAUCCACACGGGGGAGAAGCCCUACAAGUGUGGCGAGUGUGGCAAGGCCUUCCGGCACAGUUCCAACAUGUUCCAGCAUCAGAGGAUCCACACUGGGGAGAAGCCCUACAAGUGUGGCGAGUGUGGGAAACACUUCAGCGCCUACCCUUCCCUUAUAUAUCACCAGAGGAUCCACACUGGAGAGAAACCCUAUAAGUGCAAUGACUGUGGGAAAGCCUUCAGUGACAGCUCAAUCCUCAUCCGACAUCGUCGGACUCACACUGGAGAGAAGCCAUUUGAGUGUAAAGAAUGCGGCAAAGGCUUUACCCAAAGUUUUAACCUUAUCCAACAUCAAAGAAUUCACACUGGAGAGACCCUGUAAAUGUAACGAAUGUGAGAAAGCGUUCAUCCAAAAAACCAAACUUGUUCAACAUCCGAGGAGCCACACAGGGGAGAAGCCCUGCAAGCAUGGCAAGCGUAGGAAGGCGUUCCAGCACAGUCCACUGUGUUCCCGCAUCAGAGGAUCCAUAGCGGGAACCCCUCUCCCUGACAGUGGAGGAGGGCCUGUGAGUUCUGCGCACUUGCUCUACAUGAUCCACCCACCCCUUUAUUUAUUGUCCACACAGUGAUGUCACAGGUCAAAGGGCAUUUCUGUCUAAUUAAAAAAACCUCUUCGUAAACCAAAAGCAGUGCAUGUUCCUUUUAGACAAAUUGAGAGAGAGUAAGGAAGCAAAAAGGGAAAGCUCCUGUAACCUCCCUCACUUAGAGAAAGAGACCUCGUUGCUGCUGAUUUAGUCUAAGUUUCCUUUCAGACACAUGUAGGAGCGUUUAAAAAGAAAACAGCCUUGUCAUCGUAGCACUAGGAUCUUCACCUCUGCUAUUUCCUCAGUACCAGAAAACUCACACUGGAGAGAAUGCCACAUAGAUACUUUUACAUAUGGUAAAUUUAAAAACAAUAACUGAGUCAUACUUUUCUGUGUCACUUAAGAGAGUUGAUAAUUGCCUUUUUUAUCGUGGUAAAAUAUACAUAACACAGUUUACCAUUUUAAUCACUUUUAAGUGUACAGCUCGGUGGCAUUAAAUACAUUCACAAUGUUGUGUAACUAUCACCACUAUGUAUUUCCAGAACUGUUUUGUUAUCCCAAGCAGAAACUUUGUCCCCAUUAAACAAUAACACUCCA